AUGCAUGAACCCCCACGCAUAAGCAUAGGUAUACACGUGCGAACCCUACAUAUGCACACUUACACAUAUACCCACACCCAAAUCUACAUUGGCCCAUACCGAUAUUCACACCUGUACCCACACCCUCACGCCCGUACCCACACCCUCACGCCCGUACCCACACCCUCACGCCCGUACCCACACCCUCACGCCCGUACCCACACCCUCACGCCCGUACCCACACCCUCACGCCCGUACCCACACCCUCACGCCCGUACCCACACCCUCACGCCCGUACCCACACCCUCACGCCCGUACCCACACCCUCACGCCCGUACCCACACCCUCACGCCCGUACCCACACCCUCACGCCCGUACCCACACCCUCACGCCCGUAUCCACACUCUCACGCCCGUAUCCACACUCUCACGCCCGUACCCACACUCUCACGCCCGUACCCACAGCCUCACGCCCGUACCCACACCCUCACGCCCGUACCCACACCCUCACGCCCGUACCCACACCCUCACGCCCGUACCCACACCCUCACGCCCGUACCCACACCCUCACGCCCGUACCCACACCCUCACGCCCGUACCCACACCCUCACGCCCGUACCCACACCCUCACGCCCGUACCCACACCCAUGCCAGCACGUCUUCAUCCACACCUGCACGCUACACUCCUGCACCCACACGCCUGCACCCACGCCCGGAGGCCUGCACUCACGCCCGCAUAGCUGCACUCACGCCCGUACGUCUACAUCCACUCCUCCUCCCCCUCCUAUUUGCACGAGGGACCACGACUCUGGUCAACAUCAGAGCUGCUGCAUUAUGUCUGUCAAUACUGAUAUUCCGGCAAAUGACCAGGGACCGACCUCACUCGCUGAAGCCCGAGCCGAACGGCCCUGAUUACGCCGGCGGGCCAAGUAAAUCAGCUUGA